AUGAUCGAAUAUGUUCGAAAAUCAAUUUUACAAAUCUCUGCCCUUCAAAUGAGGACAGCGAUAUCUGAAGAAAAUUUAGAGGAAAAUGUCGAAGGGCUCUCAAAUCUCGAUGAUUUUCUCAAAAAUGAAAAUGAUUUGAUUUUAUACGGAGUGACAGUAUCCAAAAACAAUUCCAUUGAGUUCUUCAAACGUGAACCGGAUAUUUCCUACGAAAAAAUGAUCGUAUUUAGUAAGAGACAUCCCUGUGUAACUCAUGAGAACUUUAUGAAAGAUCUACAUAUUAAUACAAUCUUGGAUUCGCCUACAGUAGCUUUGUAUGAAUCACUAAACAAGGUGUACUCCCCAUUAUUUAAAAAGUACAAAGACACCAAUAUUGAACGAAAGUUGGCCACCUUACAAUCGAAUCUACGAAAUACAAUAAUAUCUGAAAAUCCUCAGUACGAUGGAGACCAUCAAGAUUUGAAUAUAUAUUCACUUUCAUAUUCAAAUUCUGUCAAUGAAGAAAUUAAUUAUUGGAAGUCGAUGUCGCAAAACAAAACAGAUAAAUUAUUGAAAAGAAAAGUAGAACAUUACGUUGCUAUUUUAAGUCCUAUAACAAAGGAUCUAAGUGUAAUAGAGGCAUUGCCCCUAAAUGAAGUGGAGGAUCUUUUAGAAAGAUGCUACAAUGCUCUUGAUGACCUUUGGAGACAAGACGGUCACUAUCCCAAAGAGAGGAUGAAGCAUCUUAUGGACCUAAUAGGUUAUGAUUUGUGGAAACACACAAUAAAACAACUGAAGGACUGUGAUUUGUUUAAAGACGAAUACAACCAAAUAAGCGAGCUUUUGAUUCAAAGCAUAGCAAUAGGCGAAAAAUGGCUGAGUUCUUGUAAACAACUCACUGAGUUGCUUUGGCCAAACUACUCCUCGAAUCCUUGGAAAGAAGUGGAGUAUCAACCACCAGAUUUUGUUAGGUUUAUUGAACAGCUUAAAGAGGUGCUGAAAAUACGAACUGUUCAUAAACAACUAUUGCGACUAUCCACAGAAGAAGAACUUGAUGAUUUGAGAAAUGAAGUCGUUUUCAAGCCUUUCAAAGAUAUUGAUAUUUUGUCAUAUGACAGUCCAAUCGAAGAAUUACCUAAAGCCAAUAAAGAAUUUGAAUAUUUACUGCAACCUGCGGAAAAGAGGGUUGCUCUAAAGCUGAAAAAGCAGCUAGUAGCUGUCAACGGAAAUUUUAGACAACUGAUAUUCGAAUUUACUCGAUAUUCUGAGCUAAUCUGUCGACCAGUUCUUAAAAAAAUCCUUCAACCGGAACGUCAAUUUCUUCUGACAUCUUUGCACGAGUACGUGUCACAGAUUCAAUCCCAAGCCAAUGCUGGACCAUCGAAAAUAGUCACCAAACAGGAGACAUCUGACGUGGUGAAAGAAACCAUCUUUCUCAGGCAGCUAGAAGCCAAAGUCUCUGAGGUGACGUUGGUCACCAAGACGUUGCUUGAUGACUUAGACGGUAUAGAAAGUGUGACGGACUUUGUAACCGGCGUGGCCAAUGAUUUGAAGGUCCAGAAUACUGAGUUAUUCGAGUCUUGGUGUUCUGAUUGUGUUGCUGACAUCAAUAGUCGAAGUCUGAGUUUAAACGAAAAAGACCCAGUUGUUGAAUUCUCCAAGGACAAACUUAUGAAAGUGAAUUACCCCUCAAGACUUAUAUCACUCAUAGCAGAAGUGAGACAAUUCAAAGCCAUGGGAUACAGAGUUCCAUCUUCUAUAGACGACACGACAGAACAUGCCAAGAGAUUCAUGAAAUUUGCUCGUAUACUCGAACAGGUGUCAAAUUUUCAUAACACUAUAGGAAGCCGCAUGGUUCCAUCCCAGAAACCUAUGAUGCUAUCUAGUGCUUUGGAAUUGUCUAAGAUGGUUCAAGAGCAAGAAGUAGUGUCCUGGGAUGAUGAAAAAGCUGUGGAAAAAUACGUAGACAUCUUGAAAAAAGCUGUUGAGAAGUUAUCCAGAAAUAAUAACCUUCUCACUUCGUAUCAUAUUGACAUAAUAGAUAAAAUAAACGAACUGGAAGAUGUCAGCUUGUUAAAAGAUUACCCCAAAUGGAAAGAUACAAUGAAGGAGAUAAAAACCGUCAUGGAAACUGUUGAGAACAAAGGUUUCAAAAACAUGCAAUCAUGGAAAUCCGAAAUUGAUUCUAGGAUAGGAGCCGUCCUGGAAGAACAAUACGUCAAAAAUCUGAACUCCCUCCACUUAAACUUGCAAGAGAUUCGCGUGGACCUGGUCUACAGAUCUGGAGUUUUAAAUUUUUCCCCUAACCACUCCAGUUUGGAACAGAUGUACGAACAACAGCUUAAGAGAUAUCUGGAUAUUCCAAAAACUUUCGAGGGAGUUUCUGAUGAUCGUGCACGUGUCUUUUCGGAUAUCAUAGAAAAGAAUGCUGCAUCUUUGGAGAAUUUGACCAAGCGGAAAAACGAAUUAUUUGAUCAGCUGGAGUCUGUUAAAAAACACUGGCAGUCGUGGCUUCAGUUGGAUCAUCUGGAUACGAAGAAACUGACAUCUUGGCAACAUUGGGACUUGCAUUUCAGAGCGUCAAAAACUUUUGGACAAGAAAUCGCAAAAUUGCCUAGUACUGAAGAAAAGGUAGGUUGUUUUUUGGUGGGCCUGUCCAGACUUCGCAGUGAUUUGGAGUCACAUAACAGGAGUUAUUGGGAUCAGUUGGUUUAUUCACUUAAAGACUCUAUAGCCGAAGAUGUAGUAAAACUACAAAACUACAUUGAUCCAGCGACGGGGGCUCUCACAAAGCAACCUCUUUCUUUGGACGAACUUGGACAAUCUGGAUUCGAUUAUACUAACAUUACUUCCAGCUAUUCCGAAAUGGAAAUCGUUUUUAACGAAAUGGUUCAGAAAUCAAAGGCUUUAUCUAGUUGGUCCAGGGAACAAGUAGAUGCAGUAAAUCGGAUCAAAGGAGCUUGGGAAAGAUUGGGCAGUCUGAUAGAAAACCAUCAGCAUAUAAUGGCUAAACAGAUGGAAACUGUUAGAACUACUCUCGAUGUCGAAAAAGAGAAUUUAUUAAAAGAAGUUGAAAGAUUUGAAGCUAAAUGGCAUCAAUUAAAAUCAAUCCAAAGUUCUCUGGAUCUGAAUGAAAACUCCAUUGAAGGGGUUCAAAAACAAUUCAAAGAUUUGCAGGAAAAGAAAUCAGAAUGGGGUGGUAUUUUGGAGAAAAAAAAUAGUUUAAUGGAACAUUACACAAAAUUUAAACUUGAACUGCCCGAUAUUGAUUUUAUUACCGAAGUGGAGAAAAAUAUAACAGAAGAAGAAACAUCUUGGAAAUUAUUUGAAGAUUUUUAUGCAGAAUUUGAAGAUAUCUGCAAAGAAUACUGGAUAGUAUAUAGGAAAAAGUUAGUGAAUUUUGAGAAUUUCAUCAAAGAAUGGCAAGAAAAACUUGUACCUGAGGCGGUACUGAAUUAUAUACCACCAAUUUUGCAAGAACUACAGAAAUAUAAAACUAUUAUAUCUCUUCUCAGACACGUCAAAGGUGAUGAUUUUUCUGAAAAACAUUGGAACGACGUUUUUGAUUUGUUGGGCAUAGAACCUAAGCCUGUUGAAGAACUAUUAGUAAAAGAUUUUUUAAAUGCCAGUGAAAACAUUCAAGAACACGCCCAAGAACUCCAAGCGAUAAACAAGAGGGCCGCUAGUGAAAUAGUGGUGAGACAGGCUAUGAGAGACAUUGACCAGUGGGAGAUGAGAGCUAAGUUUACCUUAAUUUCCCAUAAAGAUUCGCAAGGGAAAGAACUUCAUUUAAUUAAGGAAUUUAAAGAACUACUUAAUGCAAUCGGCGAUCAUCAGAUAUUAUUGCAAUCGUUAAAACAUUCGGCAGAUUUCGCUGUUUUCGAAGACAAAGCGACAUCUUGGGAGAAAAAAUUGGAAACCUUAAAUACCCUCCUCCAUUUGUUAAAUCAAGUCCAAAAAAAAUGGUUGUAUUUGGAGCCAAUAUUCAGCAGGGGUACUCUGGUUCAAGAAAAGACCCGUUUUGAUCGUCUCGAUCGCGAUUUUAGAAAAGUAAUGUCACUGGUGGAUAAAGAUUGUCGCAUUACAGAGCUCUGUAGAUAUCCUGACCUGGUGCUCACGCUUCAAAAUGUUUUGGAUCAACUAACUCGCUGUCAGCACAGCUUAAAUGACUUCUUAAAAGGAAAAAGGGAACUGUUUCCUAGAUUUUUAUUUUUGAGCGACGACGACCUAUUGGAAGUGAUAGGACAUUCUAGAGAGCAAGUUAUUCAAACUCAUUUGAAGAAAAUAUUUGCUGGAAUUCAUUCUAUCCAAUUGGACCAAGUUGGUGAAAAUUUGGUGUCUAUAUCUUCAGCGCAAGGAGAAGUAAUUCAUUUGACUCGUAGUGUGUCUGUGGGAAUCCCAGUAGAGCAAUGGUUGGGAAACUUAGUAACCGAAAUGCAAGCAACUUUAAAAAGUCUUUUGAUAAGCUGUCAAAGAGAGAAUCAAGCAGCCGAUCCAUUGAAGUACCCUUCGCAAAUACUGUGCUUGUCUGACAACAUAUCCUUUACCUCAAAAUGCGAACAGGCUAUCAAUAAUGUGACGUUGCCGACUCUGCUAGCCCAUUAUAAGGCUCAACUAAACGAACUAAGUUCCUUGGACCUGAACUUAAGCACGAACUCCGAUAACGACGACAUAUUAUUGGAAUUGAAGCUGAAAGCACUAGUGUUGGACACUAUACAUCAUAUCGCAGUACUGGAGGAGUUACUUAAUAAGAAAAUUACUAGUGUAUCUGAUUGGAGUUGGCAAAAGCAAAUUAGGUACUACUUAAGCGCCUCUGGUGAUGUCACAAUAAAAAUCGCUAGGGCUUCCAUGGACUACGCCUUUGAGUAUUUGGGAAACGAACAAAAGCUUGUUAAAACACCCUUAACAGAAAGGUGUUUUCUAACUCUGACCCAGGCUCUUUAUCUGGGUCUGGGUGGGAAUCCUUAUGGACCAGCCGGUACAGGAAAAACUGAGUCAGUAAAAGCCCUUGGUUCCAUUUUGGGCAGACAAGUUCUUGUCUUCAACUGCGACGAGGGCAUAGAUUCAUCCUCUAUGGAACGAAUCCUUACUGGCCUAGUUAAAACUGGAGCUUGGGGUUGUUUCGACGAAUUCAACAGGCUUGAAGAAACAACUCUGUCUUCAGUAUCCAUGUUGAUUCAAUCCAUCCAAGAAGCCUUAAAAAAUAACCUAAAAACUAUGAAAUUAGGAGGUUUUGAAGCGACAGUCAACAAGCACUGUGGGGUGUUUGUGACCUUGAAUCCAGCUGGAGAGGGUUAUGGUGGUAGGAACAAACUUCCAGAUAAUUUGAAACAGCUGUUCAGGCCUGUGAUCAUGACGCGUCCUGAUCAUGAACAAAUAGCUAGGACCCUGCUGUAUUGUGAUGGAUACAACAAUGCGGAUAUCAUAGCCAAGAAAAUUGUGGAAGUAUUUGAAAUGUCCAGUAAACUUAUGAGUAAGCAGUCUCACUACGAUUGGGGACUUAGAGCUAUCAAGACAGCUCUAGGUGGUUGCCAAAUGGCAAUAAAAAAGCACAAAAUUACUGAUAAAUCUCCUCUAUCUCUCAACCAAGAACUCUGUUUGGUCGUGGGUUCAUUAAAAAUGGAUGUAAUCUCAAAACUAACUGCCGUGGAUUCCAUAAAAUUCCAAGAACUACUUAAAAACGUUUUUGAAGAUAUCUCAGUAGAAAACACCAACGAAGAAGAGCUAACAAAAGCCAUCAAAGCAAGUUUUGUUGAUUUAAAAUUGAUUCCGAACGAGAUACAGGUUGGAAAAUGCCUGGAAUUUUAUAAACAACUCAAACAGAGAAUGGGAGUUGCUAUAAUAGGACCUCCAAGUUCAGGGAAGAGCACUAUACUAAAACUUCUUGAAAAAGCUCUCAGUAAAAUCCAUCAAAAAAUAAAAUGUUACCCUCUUAACCCAAAGAGCAUGCCCAGAAAAUUACUUUUGGGUCAUGUGGACCAUUUAAAUCAAUGGAACGAUGGCGUUCUAACCAGCUACGGAGCUCUAGUGUCAUCCGAAUCCAAGGAUACCUGGUCUUGGAUCAUUUGUGAUGGUGACUUAGAUCCUGAAUGGGUGGAGUCAUUAAAUUCUGUCCUGGAUGAUAACAGAUUGAUGACGUUGCCUUCUGGGUGGCGAAUACACUUUGAUACAAAUGUCAACUUUGUCUUCGAAACUGAUAGUUUGAAGAAUGCAUCUCCUGCUACGAUAUCCAGACUUGGUAUAGUUUAUCUCAGCGAGAAUGAUGCUGUAUUUUCUGAUUAUAUUAAAGGAUUUUUGGAUGGGUUAUCAGAAGAAAAACGUAACAGUAUUGGUGAAUUAGUCUCUGAAUUUUUUUUGAAAGCUGUAAAUUGGGUUAUAAAUGACGGAGAAAGUACAGUAACACGAUCGAAAUUAUCUGUAGCAAGAACAGGACUUUCUUUAGUAAGACAUUCUUCAACAAAAACCUCUUUUGCUUUGGCCUUAAUAAAUGGUCUGGGACAACAAUUACAGCAAGACUUUCGAGAAUUAUUCAUCCAACAGAUAUUCGACUGGCUGGAAGAAUCACCCCCUGUAGAUUUCUCUGCAGUAUACUAUGACGAUAGACGUGAUAUAAUUGCCACUUAUCACACAGAUACAAAUGCAGCUGUUGAAAAAAUAUCUGAAGGAAAAUUACUAGUUAUAACCGGACAAGUGCUUCAAUAUCUGGAUGUGCUUAGGGUGUGGUUGGAAGAAAAUUAUUCUCAUAUUUUACUGGUUGGACCUAAUGGAACUGCCAAAAGAUUGAUGCUAAAUUACAUCACUGGGCAAAGAUUAGAUAUUGAACUAGCAAUUGUUUACUGCUGCGCCUACUUGACACCAGAAUUUGUAAUAUAUCAAUUACAACAACAUUGCUUUUCGGUGAAUACAUUCAAAGGGAAGGUUUUAAAACCGAAAAAAGGUCAUCUGAUUCUUUAUUUUAAUAACUUACACUUACUGAAGCCAGAUAAAUGGGGUACAAAUAUGUUAAUAGAGUUUUUAAAUCAACUGGUGGAAUUUAGAGGGUACUUUGACGAGAAAACUGAGUUUGUAGGUGUGGAAAAUGUUAGAAUAGUCGGAAGUUUAUUGCCUAACCAGAAAAUUUCUAAGAGGUUCACUUCAAAGUUUUAUAUGCUCAACGUAAAUUCUCCGGAAAAAGAAAAUAUUUCAAUUAUUGCAACAGCAUGCUUAAUGGAUGUAAUGAAAUCUCAUUUUUCAACAUUAAAUUAUCCAAAAGCCAAAAUUACUAAAGUUGCCUCUAUAAUGGUUGCUAUUUUUGAAAAGAUCAAAUGCAACCCUAUAUUUUUACUUCAUAACCAUUUUGUUAUAUCAACUCACGAUUUGACACUUUGGUGCUACAAUUUGGGGUACUAUCCUGUCACAGAAGCUUCUAUUCCUGAGAUUAUUUGUUACGAAUGUCUGAGAAUAUUCGGAGACAAACUUGCGAGAGAUGAUGAAAAAAAGCAACUUUGGAAUGUCAUUGAUGACGUUUUUAGAGUCAGUUGGGAAUUACCUGAUCUUAGUCAAACUGUUUCCAAAGUCUUUUAUGUCGCACAGAGUGAUAUUAACAGUAAAAAUAUAAUUUUUGAAAAAUAUUCUAAAGAAACUUGGUUGAAUAGAGUUGAAGAUGCUGCUGUUCAGUUUGGAAAAGAAUACUAUGAUCUUAAUGUUAUUAUCAACGAUGCCAUCAUGAUUUUAACAUCGUCUCUAUUAAGAGCAUCUUCAAUAACAAGCAGACAUAUGUUGCUGAUUGCCAAAGCAGGAAUUGGAAGAAAGACAGCAGUAAAAAUCACUUCAAUUCUGUCGGCAGCUAGAGUGAUACAACCAGUGACAGGAGGGACUCCAUAUUUUCAAAAUGACUUAAAAAUUGCUACUCAGCGUGCGGGAUUGGAGUGUGAAGACGUAUUCCUCGUUUUGGAAGAUUUUAUUUUCGAUUCUCCUGAAAAUUGCAACGCUGUGAACCUGCUGAUGUGUUCAGGGUUCAUUCCCAACCUGUAUAGUACGACUGAAAUGGAUGUUCUGGUUAAAGGCCUCAAAGAAAAAUGCGACAAUGAAAAUUUUGAGGGAGAUUUACAUCAAUUCUUUGCAAAUAAUAUAAAGAAACAUCUUCGUAUAUUCGCUUGUUUGGAUGAAAAUAACGAACGUUUAUGGAAAAUCAUUCAAAAAUGUCCCGGAUUUUUGAAUAACAGCUCGACAUUAUGGUUGAAUAAGUGGGAUUCAGAUACCUUAAGAGUAUUUCCAGUUAAACUCUUAGCUCUGUUGGACGAUAGAGGUGAAGUAGAAUGUAGCAUUAAUUUUCAGCAAAUCGACGAGCAUAUUUCUAACUCUACACCAUCCAGAUAUAUAUCACUAAUAAAGCUGUAUUUUGAUAUUUACAUCGACAAGAAAAAUGCUAUACAAUCUCGGUCGCAAGUUCUAACAGCUGGAAUUUCCAAACUAACAGCGGCAAAGGAAUUGGUUGAAGAGCUAAAAGUGAAAGCUUCGGAACAACAAGAAAAACUGGCAGAGAAACAGUCCAAAGCUAAUGCUGCUUUGGAUAUGAUCAGCAAUACGAUGAAAGGAGCUAGUGAACAUAAAGAAGAAAUGGAAGAUUUGAAGAAGAAGACCGAAGCAGAGAACGCCCAACUAAUGAAAAGGAAGGCAGAAAUCGAAGAAGAACUUUCCGAAGUGGAGCCCCUUAUUCAGGAAGCAAGAUCUGCGGUGGGUAACAUCAAAACCGAAGCUUUAUCUGAAAUCAGAUCACUCAGAGCUCCCCCUGAGAUCAUUAGAGACAUUUUGGAAGGAGUUCUGAGACUGAUGGGCACGCAGGACACUUCCUGGAACAGUAUGAAGACUUUUCUGGCUAAGAGAGGCGUCAAAGAGGAAAUCAGGUCUUUUGACGCUAGCAGAAUACAAACCGAAAACCGCCAAGCCGUCGAAAAGUUGAUGGCCAACAAAAAAGAAUCUUUCGAUGCCAAGACAGCUAAAAGGGCUUCGGUAGCUGCGGCCCCGCUGGCAGCUUGGGUGGGCGCCAACGUCAAGUAUUCCAAGGUUUUAGACAAGAUCAGACCUCUGGAAAGAGAACAGGACAAGCUGAAGAAGAAUUUAGAUAAUUCGAGGUCACAGCUAGGUCAGCUGAGUGCCGGGUUGUCUGACGUCGACGCUACCGUGGCUAAAUUGAAGGAACAGCUGAGUAUGUAUACCAAGGAAGCUGCUGAGAUCGAGAUAGAUUUGAACAGGGCCACUGAGACUUUACAGUCUGCUGAAAAUUUGGUUUUCAAACUGGAGGAUGAGUAUGAAAGAUGGCAACAUCAGUUGGUGGAACUAUCUGAUGAACUACAAAGCCUCCAGAAUUACAGCUUGUUAUCUGCAGCGUUCAUUAUGUUUUUAUCAGAAAAAUCCGACUCCCAGCGAAUAGAAAUCAUGGAAAAAUGGAAACAGGCAGUGGGAACAAUCAAGUUUGAUUUUCUUUCAUUUUUCUGUACGGAGAGGGAGCAGUUGCAAUGGCAGACAGAAGGACUCGCCGGUGACAAGUUUGCCCUUGAAAACGCCCUUGUUAUUAAAAAGGGUUCUCUAACUCCACUAAUCACCGAUCCUACUUCUUGUGCUGUUCAGUGGAUCAAAACUCACUAUGGUACAACGAAUAAGAAGAAUUUUGAGUUUAUAUCUGAAAGUUCCUCAAAAUUCAACACUAUUCUUGAAACUUCAGUCAGAUUUGGUAAAACAUUGCUGAUAGAAGAAAUUGAGGAGUUGCCUCAUAUUCUAAUUCCGUUGCUUAGGAAACAGAUAAUUUCUGAAGGGGAACGAAAAAUGAUAAAGAUUUUAGGCAAACAAAUUGAUUAUCAUGAAGAUUUCAAACUGAUAUUGUGCAGUCGAAAUGAGCAUGUAAAAAUAUCUGCUGAACUAGCUCCAUACUUAAUAAAUCUAAGUUUUAACGUUACCUACAAUGGAUUUAUUGAGCAACUUUUAUCAGCUGCUAUCAAACAAGAAAAACCUGAAUUAGAGUCACGUAAAAAAGAGCUUUUACAACAAAACGAAGAGCUUCAAGAAAAAUUGCAGUCUCUACAAAAUCAACUGCUCGAAUCUCUGGCAAACUAUUCUGGAAACAUACUCAACGAUAAGAAUCUUUUGAAUACUCUAAAUGAGACCAAAGCUAGUUCAACGGCUGUAUCACUAGCUUUGGACGAAUCAAGAUCUGUUCAAGCUCAGUUGAGAAAAGAAUACGAACUGUAUUUGGAUAUAUCCACCUACGGAAGUCGACUUUACUUUGCUUGUAAUGAGUUUAGCCGAUUCAACGUGCUGUAUUCCCUGAGCACGGAGGCUUAUACGAAACUUUUUAUAAAUUGUCUACAAACAGUGCAGACGAUUAAUCAAAGUUUGGAGCUACAAAAUAGACACCUAUUCCAAUCAGUCUACAAUUAUAUGGCACGAGGAAUGUUUAAAAAUGAUAGACUCGCUUUUUUAAUGCAUCUAAUAUAUAAAAUGUGCCCUAUCGAUAUACCCGAGAAAGAAAUGAAGAUCUUUCUUAAUAACACCCUGUAUAAAUCGGUUGGAGACACGGAUUCCACGCAUAUACCUAGCUGGAUACCACCUUUAUCAUCUUUUAGCUUCGUCAACUUAAUGAGCUCCUUAAGCGAAUUGGUUGAUAAAUGUCAGAUGACAGAAGGCCAUUUGUGGAGUGAAUUUAUGAAAAGUGCACAAUGUGAAAGAAACUUCCCUUCGCAUGUCAAAUUGACGGAAUUUCAAAAAGUGCUUGUAGUUCAGUCUCUGAGACCUGACAGGUUGCUGUCAAGUAUCGAAUGUUGUCUAUUAAGAUUAGCAGGUCUUAAAACUGUUGAUCCGCCUAUUUUAAAUCUACAUAACGUUUUGAAAGAAUCCACCCAUUAUGAACCAAUUUUGCUUUUAACCAACCCAGGUUCAGAUCCUUCAAUAGAAAUCAGGGAACUUGCUGCACAAUUGAAUCGAUCUUUCGAAGAGAUUGCUAUGGGCAGUGGACAAGAAUCGCAAACAUUAACUAGCUUGGAAAGAUGUGCAAAUGAAGGCAAAUGGUUGAUUUUAAAAAAUCUCCAUUUACUCACGUACUGGUUGCCUACUUUGGCUCAAAACUUGAAAAAUGUGCGAGGUUCUCAUGAUUUCAGAUUAUGGCUGAUAUCUGAAUCAACAGACAAAUUUUACUUUGUACUGUCAUACAACAGUCUGAAAAUAGCAUAUGAAGAGCCUCAAGGUGUUGGAAAUAAUAUUCAAAGAAUAUAUUCAUGGUUGAGUCAGAAAUUUGGCAAAUUUGGUCCAAAUGCUACGAGACUAUUCUUUGUUUUUACAUGUUUUCAUGCCUUGUUACAAGAAAGAAGAAAUUAUAUACCUCAAGGUUGGCAUAAGUUUUAUGAAUUCAAUCAUACGGAUCUCCAGACAAGUUUGAACCUGACUGAUCAUUAUUGGCAGAGUGAGUCUACAAACAUGCCGUGGGACUACAUAAAAGGCCUACUCUUCGAAGCGGUAUACGGUGGACGAGUUGAAGUAUCUGAGGACCUCCAAAUUCUAGAAACUUACUUAAAAAUGUACUUUAAAGGAGAUACACUGAGUCACAAAUGGAAGCCUAUGGGACUGAAUGUGAACUUACCAAACUCAAAUCAAAUUCAGGAUUACAUGAACGCGAUCAGGCAAUUUCCUAAGAAAGAUUUACCUUCAUUUUUUGGUUUGCCUGAAAAUAUAGAUAAAGCUAGAGAAAAGCAACUUUCUAUGCAGCUAAUUACAAAUCUAAAAGGUUUUUACCUGAAACAAAGCAACAUUUCUCCAUCUCAAAUAAAGACAAACUACAAAGAACUAAGCCCUAUAUUGUCACUAUGGAGGAAAUUGAAUCAUGGACAGGAUUAUAUAAGACUCUCAAUCCCAGAACAAACACCGUAUGACUCUUCUAUCGAGACAUACAUAGCUGAGGAAUACUGUAUAGGAUUAAGGCUGAUCCAAACCAUUCAUAAAUCUUUGACAAAUCUAAAUAAGGUGGCCAAAGGAACUGUGGAACCUGACGAAAAUGAUGUUUCUAUAGCAGAAAGUUUAAUAUUCUUGCAGACCCCUAGAGUUUGGCUGGAUAUAUGGAAAGGUCCAAAAGAUCCCAGCUCUUACUUAAGAGCUGUUUUGCAGAGAAUGACAGGCAUAUCUAAGUGGAACACUAGUAAUAAAUCUGAACUAUUAAGGAAACCUGUUGAUCUUUCAUUCUUUUUUUACCCGGACGCGUUUUUGGCCUCGCUCAAACAAGAUUUCUCAAGAUCUGGCAACAUACCACUGGAUAACCUAACCUUACAAACUAAAUGGCGCCAAAAUUCAAAUCCAACCGUUAUUCUAUCGGGUUUAUUGAUUGAAGGCGGGCUUUUUGAAAAUACUGUUUUGAAACAGUGUCGUAACGACUCGGAAAGUGUUAACACUGCUCCUGAUUGUUACUUGAAUUGGAUUGAGAAAGUGAAAAUGACUGAUUCUGUAACAUUUCCCCUGUACACCAACUCAAGUAGGGAACACAAAAUAACUGACGUUCAAGUAGACUGCAACCAAAAUGAUAAAGAUGAGUGGAUUCUAAGCGGAUUAGCAUUCUAUGUAGAGUAUUAAAAAAAAACAAGAUUAAAAAAAA